AUGGGUUUAACUGACAAAUUGAAAGGAAUCAAAAAGGAUGAUGUUGAAAAUAUCAACAGCCAAGCCGGGAAAUAUGCCGGUGGUAAAGAUGGUCAAACUGGUACUGAUCUCGCCCAAGAUAAGUAUAAGCAGUACAAAGCCGGAAAAGCUGCUGAAGGUGCUAAAGAUUCAUUAACUGGUCAAAAUCAAGGAAGUGGUAGUGGUACUUCUGGAUACGGUGCUGGUGCUGGUGCUGGUGCCGGUUCUGGUGCUACUGGUGCUACUGGUGCUACUGGUGCUGAUCUGACCAAUGCUGCCUACGGUGGUACUAGUCAAUCAGGUACUGGAUACGGUUCAUCAAACACUGCUAGUGGUCAACAUCAAGGUUCCACUCAUUCUGGUAGUCACGUCGACAGAGCCUCUGCUGGUGGAUACGGCUCUACGGGUUAUGACCAACAACAACCAAGCGGAACCCAUGGAUCUGGUACUACUGGGGCUCAUGACUCUACUGGUUACGGUUCUUCUCAAACAGGGUCUCAUGGUAAUGCUGCUUAUGGAUCUUCUCAAACAGGAUCUCACGGUGCUUCUGGUGCUUACGAUUCUACUGGGUACGGCUCUUCUCAAACCGGUACUCAUGGCACUACUGGCUAUGGCUCAUCACAAACUGGUUCUCAUGGCGCUUCUACUACACAUGACUCUACUGGCUACGGGUCUUCUCAAACAGGAUCUCACGGUGCCACUGGUUACGGAUCAUCACAAACAGGUACUCACGGUACUCACGGUACUCAUGAUUCCACUGGCUACGGGUCUUCUCAAACAGGUUCUUACGGUGCCACUGGUUACGGAUCAUCACAAACAGGUACUCACGGUACUCACGGUACUCAUGGUACUCACGGUACUCACGGUACUCACGGUACUCAUGAUUCCACUGGUUAUGGAUCAACUCAAUCAGGUACUCACGGAUCUACUGGUACUCGUGGAACAACCACUGGAGCUCAUGAUUCUUCUUCUGGUUAUGGAUCUUCACACACUGGUACAGCUGCUGGUACUGGCGCAGCUGCUGGUGCUGGUGCUGGUGCCGGAUACGGUACUGCUACCACCGGAACAGGUCAUGGUGAUUCAAGUUAUGGCCAAAGCUCUACUGGACAUGGUAACCACUCUUCUGGUAGUCAUCAAGGACUCAGUUCCAAAUUUAAAACCGGUGUUGACCAUCUUGAUGCUAAGAUUGCACAAUUACCAGAACAUUUGCAAAAGGAAGCCCACAAGGAGUUCGAAAGAGGUUACAACGAUGCUAAGAAAUCAUUUAAAUCUUAA